UCAUUUCUGUUGCCUCUUAGUAUGCCUGAGAUUUUAUUACACAAGGCAUUUUUUCAUACACUACCCAAAUGUGUUAGCUUAGCAAAAGCACCUCUGCCUUUUUGCAAAAUCCCAGGUCCUGUUGACCUGCCUGGCAUUGGAAGCUUCCUUAAUAUUCUUUGGAAUGGAGGAUUACAAAAUCAACAUGAAGUUAUGUUAAAAUAUCAUCAACAGUUUGGAGGUGUUUUCAAGAUGAAUCUUGGAAUUUUUAAGUCAGUGCAAAUUGGAGACCCUACUUUAGUAGAAAUUCUUCUAAGAAAAGAAGCAAUGUAUCCGAAGAGAAUGGAGAUUAAACCUUGGAAAAUAUAUAGAGAGUAUAGAGGAGAAGAGUAUGGUCUGCUUACACUUGAAGGAGAAGAAUGGCAUAACAUGAGAAAAACUGUGCAAGGUCACCUGAUGAGACCUAAAGAAAUAGCAAAAAUGGAUGUAAAGAUUAAUGAGGUACUGAAGAUUUUAUCAAAUACAUAGGCCAACUAAGUGACCAAUAUGGGAAAAUUGAUGAUCUG